AUGGACCCGAGCUCGAUCGUGAGUAUGUCGAGGGUCGACGGUACGUCCAAGGAGCGGCCGCCGCAGCGCACUCGGUCCGAGCGGAAGGCGUUCUCCCAGCUGCGCAGAGACGAGCGCGCGAGGGCCGUCGAGAGCCUCAAGCAGCGCGACAUCCUCGAGCGCGAGAAGCGUGAAAAGGAGCGCAUCCGCAACGGCGGCGACCCGAACGACGCAUUCGAGCCCAAGACGCGCCACGCCCUCCGCGACAAGAUUCUGAACGUCUUCAAGUCGUCUUCGAGCGGCGAGCCGGCGACCAAGGGCACCAAGAAGCAGCUCGACGAGGCGGCGUGGCAGCAAGAAGAGCGCGACCGCGACUCGGAGCGCGACCACGUCGGCGAGUGGCUCGCUGGCGUCGACGAGCGCGGCGGCGUGUAG